CGGUGCCCGGUGCCGGCCCGCCCCGUCGGCGAGCGGCGGGCUCGGGGAGCCGGGCGGCGGCGGCGGAGCUCCCGGUCGCGCCAUGCUGCCCGCCGCCCUCCGGAGGUGGCUGCACCGGCCCAAGCGCUCCGACCCCCGGCUGCUCUCGCAGUUCUUCUUUGCCGACGAGCGGGUGACGCGGGUGGUGGCCGAGAUCAACGGGCUGGACGCCGAGCUGGACCCACAGCAGUACCUGGUGCUCCUCAACCAGCUCCACCUCAGCCAGGCUCACCUGCUGGCCGUCAUCGAGCGCAUCAUGGAGGAGUGCAUCCCCACGCAGCGGCACAGCCGCGACUACCUGGUCAAGUUCCCUGAGGAGCUCUUGGUGGACAACCUGGGGAACCACAUGCUGUUCGCUGCCGAGUGUCUCCUGGCGGGGACCUUCAUCGAGGUGGAGGAGGCGGAGGGGGAGCAGCUGCGGCCGCGGGCCAGGAACCUGCUGUGCAGCCUGGAGCUGGUGCGGACGGUGCUGCGGGAGCAGAGCCUGAGCCAGCCCGGCACCUACCCCGAGCCCGUGCGGGCUGCGCUCGUCCAGUUCGACCGGCUCUUCGCGGAGUUCGAGCUCAGCUACGUGUCCUCGCUGGUGGCGGUCAAGUCCCCCGAGGAGAUCUACAGGCAGCAGGAGAUCAUCGUGCUCUUCUGCGAGACGGUGGAGAGAGCCCUGCGCUCGGGCUACCUGACCCAGGAGAUGAUCGACGGCUACGAGCCGCUGCUGAUGUUCACCAUCCCGCGCCUGGCUAUCAUCAGCGGCCUCCUCAUCUACCCCGAGGGUCCCCUCAGCCUGGAGCGCGGCCCCGAGCAGAUGUCGCGGGUUUUCAGCCCCUUCUACAACCUCCUGAAGAAGAUCAGGGACCUGCUGCGGGUGCUGUCAGCGGAGGAGCUCUGCCUGCUGGAGAGGAGCCUGUGCGCAGCCGAAUUGGAGGAUCCCUGCAGUCCGGCCACCCCUCCGACCUGGGGGGCAGCCAUGCCUGGAGCAGGUCCCCCUGCUCCGUGGGGUCUCCUGGAGGCCCCGCACACCACCCCCCCACCCCACACCUGCACGGGGCGGUUGGGCCCUCCCAGUGCCGUGGAGAGCCCAGGCACGGACAGCCCCCAGCCACCCAAAAGUAGCCCAGGGCCACGGCUCGAGGCCCCACCGGCUGCCCGCUGGUCGGAGCUGCGCUCCCACUACAGCAGCACCAAGGACAUGCUGCACACCCUCUUCGUCUGCAUCUCAGGGGUGGCCGAUCAGCUCCAGACCAACUUCGCCAGCGACCUGCGGAGCAUCUUGAAAACGGUCUUCAAGAUCGUUGCCUCGCAGGGGGACCCCUCAGAGGAUUUGGGCACCAGCAAAGAAGAGGACGGCGAGCUGCACGUGGGUGACGCACCCCGAGUAGCCGACUGCCCCCUGUGCCACAGCCCCACGGAGGGAGCCGGGCUCCGGAGGGCAGCGGGAGCCCACGGCCGGCCGGAGUGGGUGCCGGACAGCACGUGCAGCCAGUGCUGUGCCUGCCGCGCGCCCUUCACCCUGCUGCGCCGACGGCACCACUGCCGCAGCUGCGGGAAGAUCUUCUGCGCCCGCUGCUCGCCGCACACCGCCGCGCUGCCGCACUACGGCCAGCCGAAACCCGUGCGUGUCUGCACGCACUGCUACGCCGUGCACCUCUCGCCCGCGCCACGGCGCUCCCGGAGCCGGUGAGGCCCCCCCGGCUGCAAGACCGGGCUCCGUAGGAGGACGCAGGACCGCUGGGAGCGGCUGUGCCGAGGCUGCGGAGCGGCUCCACGGCAGUAGGGCUCCGUGCCCGGCACCACGCCGUGCCGGCGGGGCCGCGGUGGGCGCAGGACCGCCUCACCCCGCGCGUGGUGGCCGUGCCCCUGCUCCAGGUGGGGCUCGCGGGGCCGCCGCCAGGCUCCUGCCCGCGGGGCUGGAGAUCUGCUUGGGGCCCUUUUUGCUUCGUUGCGUUUUUUCAGGUGAACUUUGGCUGCUGCUGGGCCCAGGGCAGAGUCUCCCCCGCCCCCGGGGCCUGUCCUGAGACGGUGCAAACAGCCCUCACAUGACGGCGGGGCCGCCCGCGCCCCGGGGUGGGGUGGGGUGGGGGUGGGGGUGGGGGGGGCUGGCUGCCACCCGGGGGGCCCCCCGGCGCCCCCUUCCACCGGGGGCAGGGUUCCAAUAAACGGCUCCGAGCGC